AUGGCCGCUGCGUUCAUCAAGGCGGCAAAUGCCAAGAUCAGGUCCAAUCCCUGGACCGAUUACUUUUGCUCGACGCACUUUUGGGGCCCGGCUUCCAACUUCACCAUUCCUCUCGCGGCCAUAGCGGAUACGCAGAAGAGCCCUGACUUAAUAUCCGGCAAGAUGACCUGCGCCCUCAUCGUUUACGCCUUCACGUUCAUGCGUUUCUCGCUUGCUGUCAUACCACCCAACCGUCUUUUGUUCGGCUGCCACACCAUUAAUGCCACUGCUCAAAGCGUGCAAGGCUACCGCUUCAUGGAUUGGCAUUACUGGGGAGGAAAGGAAAAGAAGCUGCUUGCUGAGAAGGAGGCGACUGCCAAGGGGCAGCCCGUCCUGGUGGUGAACAAAGUUCAAAAUGAGAAUCAUCUGGAAAAGAAAUAGGUAAGGUACUUUACUGAAGAGCAAAGGCUGGCGCAGAGGCCAACAACACUAUAGCCCCAUUGACAGAAAAUACAACCUUGAUGACCGUUCAAUAGUCCAGUUCUUAAUCCUUGGCUGUGCAUUCUGCCAUAACUCAUAACCUCAUAGUCUCGUCAGCCAGUGACCUCC